UGGGACGGGGCUGCUGGCUGCAUUUCGGGGAGAAGAUGGGGGCUGCUGCUGCCCUGCUCCGGGCCCUGCUGCUCCUCGGGGGGCUGCGCUCAGCCCCCACCCUGGGGCUCCUCCGGGACCCCCCACACACCUAUGAGGGACCCCCGGACAGCUAUUUCGGCUUCGCCCUGGAUUUCCACAUGACUGAGGGCAGGCUCAGCGUGGUGGUGGGGGCACCCCGCGCCAACACCUCCCAGCCUGGCGUGGCUCAGCCCGGCGCCGUCUUCCUCUGCUCCUGGCCCAUCAACGAGACCCUCUGCCACCCCCUCCCCAUGGACACUGCGGGGGAUGAGACCGAGACCCAAAACACCUUGAAGCUCCACACCUACAAGUCGUACCAGUGGCUGGGGGCGUCCGUGACCAGCUGGGACGGCAAACUGGUGGCCUGUGCCCCACUGCAGCACUGGAACGCGAUGGAGGGGCAGCACGAAUCUUUCCGCACCCCGACGGGCACCUGCUUUGUGGGUGCCCCUGGGCUGCGGCACAUCACCUGGUACUCGCCCUGCCGUGACCAGCUCAUGGCCAGCGCUUACCGCGAGAGCUACUAUGCCUAUGACAAGCGCUACUGCGAGAUCGGCUUCAGCGCGGCCGUCACCCGGGACGGCACGCUGGUGCUGGGUGCCCCUGGCGGGUACUACUUCAUGGGACUCCUGUACUCGGUGGAGGUGGAUGCCAUCCUCACCCGCUUCCACGGCAAGUCCCUGCUGUGGCCGGCGAGCCCGGGGCUGCCCACAGAGGAACAGGUGUCCACGGACUAUGAGGACGGGUACCGGGGGUACUCGGUGGCUGUGGGUGAAUUCGAUGACAAUCCCAAAACCAAAGAGUACGUGGUGGGGGUCCCCAACAAAAGCAACACGAGGGGCGAGGUGGAGAUCUUCAGUGUGGGGGUGACCCUGCGCCAGCUGCGGGGCAUCGCCAGUGAGCAGGUGGCAUCGUACUUUGGGCACACGGUGGCCGUGGCUGAUGUCGACGGGGACGGGCAGGAUGACGUGCUGGUGGGUGCCCCCCUGUACAUGGCCCGGCGCCCCGAUGGCCAGCGCAGCGAGGUGGGACGCCUCUACCUCUACCUGGGGGGGGGGCAGCGGCCCCUCAGCCAGCCCCCCCAGACCCUGACGGGCACCCACCCCUACGGCCGCUUUGCCGCCGCCAUCGCCAGCCUCGGGGACCUGGACAAGGACGGCUACGGCGAUGUGGCCGUGGGUGCCCCGUUGGGGGGUGACAGCGGCAGGGGGCAGGUCUUCAUCUUCCGCGGGCAGAGCGAGGGUUUGAUGCCGGUGCCCACCCAGCGCCUCGACAGCCCUUUCCCUGGCCCGGCCGCCUUCGGCUUUGCCCUGCGUGGUGCCGCUGACCUGGAUGGCAACGGCUACCCGGAUCUGCUGGUGGGGGCUUACGGGGCAUCCAAGGUGGCCGUGUACUGGGGACAGCCCGUGGUGGUGGCCCAGACCCAGCUGAGUGUCCCUGAUGGGCUGAACCCCGAGCUCCUGGCGUGUGUCCUGCCUGGCUCUGACACCCACGUCAGCUGCUUCCCUGUGGUGCUGUGCGUCAGCGUGACGGGCCAGAGCAUCCCCCAGAAAAUCCGCCUCGACGCAGACCUGCAGCUGGACCGGUUGAAGCCCAAGCUGUCCCGGAGGGUCCUGCUGCUGCAGGACCACCAGUCGUCCUGGCACAGGGUGCUGGACCUGGCCCCGGGGACACCCCCGCUGUGCCACAACCUCACCGCCUACCUCCGGGACGAAGCCGACUUCAAGGACAAGCUGAGCCCUGUCGCCCUGAGCCUGAGCCUGGCGCUGUCCGGGGGGACCCAGGGGCUGGUGCUCUACGGGGACACCCUGGUGCAGGCGCAGACCCACAUCAUACUGGAGGACUGCGGCGAUGACAACCUCUGCGUCCCCGACCUCCGCCUGGCCGCCGACACGCCCAGCAGGCGCCUGCUCAUCGGGGCGGAGGCCGUGCUGCGCCUGCGUGCCAACGCCAGCAACGUGGGCGAAGGUGCCUUCGAGGCCGAGCUGCGGGUGCAGCUGCCCCCCGGCACCCACUACCAGGUGGCCCGCAGCAACAUGCCGGGGCAGGAGAAGCUGAGCUGCAACCCCAGGAAGGAGAAUGGGACCCACGUGGUGCUCUGCGAGUUGGGCAACCCCAUGAAAGCGGGUGCCCAGAUCACCGUGGACAUGGAGCUGAGCGUGUCUGGGCUGGAGGACAUGGGUGAUGCCAUCACCUUCCAGCUCCAGCUGCGGAGCAAGAACAGCCCCAGCUCCACCAACACGUCGGUGACGGUGACGGUGCCCGUGGAGGCGCAGGCGGAGAUGGAGCUGCGAGGCAACUCCCUGCCUGCCACCACGGUGCUGCCCGUGAGCUGGCACAAGGUGGAGGGCAGCCGGCGGCUGGAGGACCACGGCAUCAAGGUGGAGCACGUCUACCAGAUCCACAACAAGGGUCCCAGCACCGUCAGCGGGGUCACCCUGCGCCUCACCGUCCCCCACCAGCUGGGUGGCCGCACUCUGCUCUACCUGCUGGAGCUGGGCACCGAGGGGGGCAUGAACUGCACCAACCCACCCGGCCUCAACGCCGAGCAGCUGGAGAUCCCCCACCCCACGGGCGCAGCACCCCGAAAUGGCACCCACCGGCGGGAGCGCAGGGAAGUGGAGGAGCCGCCGGGUGCUGGGCUGGAGGAGCCCAUCCCCGUGGACUGCAGCAACGCCACGUGCGUGGACAUCACCUGCUGGGUGCCCAGCCUGGCCAAGGACCAGCGGGCGAUGGUGAGCGUCCGUGCCCUGCUCUGGAUGGACACCCUGCAGCAGCGGGAACACCUCCUGAAGCAGUUCCUCAUCCAUUCGCAAGCUUGGUUCAACACCUCGGCCAUGCCCUACCGCGUCCUGCCUCGCGUCCUGCCCGCCGGCGAGGCCAAGGCUGUCACCAAGGUGGUGCGUGCCAGCCCCGGGGGCGAGGGGGCCGUGCCGGUGUGGUGGGUGGUACUGGGGGUCCUAGCCGGGCUCCUGCUCCUCACCCUCCUCAUCCUCCUCAUGUGGAAGGCGGGUUUCUUCAAGAGGACACGGCCACCGACCGAGGAGGACAUGCAGGAGCUGGCGCCCAGCCAGGCCCAGGAGCCGGAGGGUGCCCAAGGCUAGUGGGGUGCCCCUGCCCCCCCCCCCCACGGCAUG